AAGAAUUAGGAGCUGCUGACAUUUCAAUCAAUAUGAAGAACAACCUCACCCUUGCCACCAUCAGCAAAAACAUUACCAGCAGUCUUCACGUCGGACUUGUGAACAUUUCUGGCAAUGAGUCUACCUUUAACUGCUCACAUAAGCCAUCAGAUAAGCAUUUAGAUGCAAUUCCUAUUCUCUACUACAUUAUUUUUGUGGUUGGAUUUCUUGUCAAUACUAUCGUGGUUACACUGUUUUGUUGUCAAAAGGGUCCUAAAAAGGUUUCCAGCAUUUACAUCUUCAACCUGGCUGUGGCUGACUUACUGCUUUUGGCUACUCUUCCUCUCUGGGCAACCUAUUAUUCUUACAGAUAUGACUGGCUCUUUGGACCUGUAAUGUGCAAAGUUUUUGGUUCUUUCCUGACCCUGAACAUGUUUGCAAGCAUUUUUUUUAUCACCUGCAUGAGUGUUGAUAGGUACCAAUCUGUCAUCUACCCCUUUCUGUCUCAAAGAAGAAAUCCCUGGCAAGCAUCUUAUAUAGUUCCACUUGUUUGGUGUAUGGCCUGUCUGUCCUCAUUGCCAACAUUUUACUUCCGAGAUGUCAGAACAAUUGAAUAUUUAGGAGUGAAUGCUUGCAUUAUGGCUUUCCCACCUGAGAAAUAUGCCCAAUGGUCAGCUGGGAUUGCCUUAAUGAAAAAUAUCCUUGGUUUUAUUAUCCCUUUAAUAUUCAUAGCAACAUGCUAUUUUGGAAUCAGAAAACACCUACUGAAGACCAAUAGCUAUGGGAAGAACAGAAUAACUCGUGACCAAGUCCUGAAGAUGGCAGCUGCUGUUGUUCUGGCGUUCAUCAUCUGUUGGCUUCCCUUCCAUGUUCUGACCUUCCUGGAUGCUCUGGCCUGGAUGGGUGUCAUUAAUAGCUGUGAAGUUAUAGCAGUCAUUGACCUGGCACUUCCUUUUGCCAUCCUCCUGGGAUUCACCAACAGCUGCAUUAAUCCCUUUUUGUAUUGUUUUGUUGGAAACCGGUUCCAACAGAAGCUCCGCCGUGUGUUUAGGGUUCCAAUUACUUGGCUCCAAGGCAAGAGAGAGAGUGUGUCAUGCCGAAAAAGCAGUUCCCUUAGAGAAAUGGAGACCUUUGUGUCUUAA